UGUUAAAGAGAAGAGGGUAGGGGGGUGGGUAGCGGUGACUGCACGGGGAAGGUGGGGUGAGUGUCGCGCGGUUGUCAUCCCAGCCGACCGGUGGAGGCGCUGUCAUAAAACGCCUCAUCCUCCUCACUCCGUCUCCCACAUCACCGCGACAGGCAGCGGCAGAAGCGGCAGCGUCGCCCCCGUCUUCGACUGCAGGAGAGAGCCCCCAAGUUUCGUAGCGGCACAAGUCUUUUUUUUAUGCGCCUGGAAUUGGCGACGCGGAGGUGAGACUUCCUCGGCAGACCGUGCACUGCGCAUUUGCCUUGCAAAUGAGGGUUAAAAUGCAAAGACACCGCCACAAACGAGGACGCGGAUCCUCCCCUGCGCCUGGAGUUUCAAGAGAGCGACUGCGGAAAUGAAUCUCCAAGAUUCUAGCGUCGCGUCGAGCUCCCUCCGGCGAACGAUGAAAUCCCACAAGCGGCACCACGCGUCGAGGGGAGCGAGGAGAAGGCCUUCUCUCCUCUCGCCGAGAGGCUGCUCGGCGAGGGCGGCCCCUGACCCUGCACCGCCUUCUGCCACCUCGCCAGUGUGCCCGCUGGCACGCGUCGACAAGUACGUGCUGCUGGAGGCCCCGUCGGAGGACAGGAUGCUCUCGGCAGUGGACACGCACACGGGCGAGGAGUUGGUGUGCAAGGUGCUGGAGCUGCAGACCUGGCAGGCUGUGCUGGCGCCCUACUUCCACCUGCCGGUGCACACAUGUGUAGCGCGCCCGUCCGCAGUCGUGCUGGGAGAGACGCGCGCGUACGCACUGUUCGGAAGAGCCGCGGGAGGCGACGCGCGUGCCUACGUGCGCUCCCGAGGUCGGCUCAGCGAAGAGGAGUCGGCCCGGCUCUUCCGACAGAUGGCCGAGGCGGUGGCCCACUGCCACAGCAACGGUCUGGUCCUGGGAGGCCUCAGCCUGCGGCGCUUUGUGUUCGCAGAUGCGGAGAGGACCCACGUAAUGCUGGUCAGCCUGGAAGAUGCUCACUCGGCUCCGAGUGACAACCACUUUGCGAGCGACCUUCACACAGAGAAACGCGGCACUGACUUUUGCACGAGUUCUGGGGGCCUUCCGCAGGACGUCGGUCGCUUGGACCGGGCGGUGGACGUGUGGGGCCUCGGUGUGUCUCUGUAUGCCAUGCUGCUGGGACGCUACCCCUUCCAGGAGGGCGACGGGAUGUGCUGGGGCCAGAACGGCGUGUCCCAGGAGCGCCUGUCGCCAGAGGCUUGCUGCCUCCUGCGAGCCCUGCUGUGCUACGAUCCGGCUCAGCGGCUGACGGCGCCGGAAAUCCUCGAGCACCCGUGGUUCCGGACAGAUUUCACUCGCGUCGAGUCAGCCGUUGCCGAAGGAGGCCCGUUCGGAGCGGUUGGCGACGCAGGGCCCAAGGGAUCACCGUGCGAUCAGACGGUGCCGGAAAUGGCUCUCGUCAGGGACUGCUACGACUUAUAACCAGCAUAAUGUCUGUUUGAAGUGAACGUCGCGCGCGCUUCUGUUGAAUGUUUUUGAAUGUUGUAAAGACGGUUAAAUUCCGAUGCGAAAAAUGUGCGUUUUUCAAAUUCAUGUCAUGGUUUCCCCGGGGGAAGUUCCAGUGUGGUUGUUAGCUCUUCCUCAAGGGCGAUCUCCAGAGCAGGGGGGUACAAGGAUAGCAAAACAGAACAUGUCAGUGAUUUAACAGAUCAGAAUUGUAACAUCAAAAAUGUCACGUAAGCAAUUGAAACGGUGUAAACACAUUUUUUAUGGCAAAAAUUACCAAGUAAAUUAUGUUUUUAACAUGCAUUAUUCAAAUAAAGUUUAAGCAUCCUAUACAAUAUGCCACUGAACAUGGACUCAUCUGUUGAUGGAUUCACCCAAAUGUGGAAACAUUUACAGGUUUAUGACCAACGUCGUGAGCUCAUUAAAACACCAACAUGAUACAAAGAGA